AGUGACAAACGACCUUUUAUAAUGAUUGCACCCAGGCCAGAAUACAUUAGGUGGCGAUUUCUAUAUGUAGAGUUUUCUUUGCAUAUUCAUCUUAAAACCUGGCGUCAAAUACGGCCGCAAUCAAGUCGUUCCAUAACACUAACAAUGAACAAGAAUGAACGGUUCUCAAAAUGGACUACUUAACUGGUUUUCAACCAAUAAGUCGUACAUCGGGUAUGGCAACCCAAUUGGGGUUUUCGUCUUGUCUGUACUUGGACUGAUCGUGUGGAUUCUAGGAUACAGGCUCGUAAAGCCCAUAGUUAUUGUGGCAGCAUUUGUGUUUGCUGGAGUUGGUUUUUACUCACUAAGUCCUGAUGUCCUUGACACAGAGUUCUGUUGUGAUGGAAACCACAGCUUAGAAGUGCGCAUCUCCAUUAGCAUUAUAUGUGGACUUCUCGCUGGAGCACUGGCUUGUUAUGUUUAUAAGAUUGGUGUGUUCUGUAUGGGUUGUAUUGUUGGAUGGGCAGUUUCUAUUGUAGUAGCUACUUUCUUUGUGUCCCAGUACUUGCAGAGUGACCUGGCAUAUUAUGGUAUUUAUGGUGCCACUGGUCUUUUGUUUGGAAUCCUCGCUGUCUGGCUUGAGAAGGUCUUUAUUAUUAUUGCUACAUCUCUCACAGGAUCACUCAUGUUUCUUCUUGGUCUGGAUCAUUACUGUAGAACUGCUUUCACUACUUUGAUCAAGCAAAUACUGUUUAAGACAAAGGACGCCUUUAGUCAAGCUGCCAACCAUCCUGCUCGAGUGAAACUGGAGUUUCAUGAAGCUCACAAGGAAUUCACUGAUCAAGCUCUAGCAAUGUUCCUGGGAUGGGUGUUGAUGUCAGCGGUUGGGGCCAUGCUACAGUUCAUGUACACCGCACAAGAAAUCGACACAGAGCUGCUCAUCAAGAGCUGUAGUUGCCGCUCCCGGGACAGUGCGGUACCUGAUGAUAAAGGAGUGCGGUACGUGGUUCUCCCUCCACCCAAGCUGAGAGCUCUCUUGCUACAUCAGAAUAACCCAAGGGACUGCAUGAAAGACUCCUGGGAUGACAUCACGGAAGUGGGAGUGAAUAAUGGUGGAGUGCGCCGCAAAGCAUUGCGUUGAACAUUCUCUGACGUCCUAAACCAUCGCUGGUUUAAAUAGUUGUUUAGAUGCGUAUGAUUUGUGAAAAGUUCGACGUUAGCUGUUUUUAGGAAGGAAUAAUUUUCUCUUUAAAAUGGACCGGGACAACUCACUAAGGGAGCGAACAACAAGCUUGGAAAGUGGGUACAUAGCUCAAUAAAAAAUUUAAACACAGA